AUGGGGCUAAGAGCUGCCAGCCUUUUGGUACUCUGGCUGGCUCUUUCCCAUGCGAACGAAAUAAGAAAAGGAAGGACAAGAAACCAUGGCCACUAUGUCUGCAGCACUUGGGGAAACAACCAUUUCAAAACUUUUGAUGGAGACAUCUACCAAUUCCCUGGCAUUUGCGAGUAUAAUUUUGCUUCUGACUGCCGAGACUCUUACAAGGAGUUCUCUGUCCACAUUCAGCGUGCUCUGAACAACAACAACCACCCAGAGAUCCAGUAUAUUCUAAUAACAAUCAAGGAUUUCACGGUGUACCUGAGACCAAAAGUGGCAGUGGUGGAUGGACGAAUUGUGAAGACACCUUACUACAGCUCUGGUCUGCUCAUUGAAAGCAAUGACAUUUAUACCAAAGUUUAUGCCAAAUUAGGCAUGAUUCUGAUAUGGAAUCACGAAGAUGCGCUGAUGGUUGAGCUGGACAGCAAAUUUAAUAAUCAUACAUGUGGUCUCUGUGGGGAUUACAAUGGAGUUCCAAUCUACAAUGAGUUUAUUGAUGGAGUUACAAGCUACAAUUCAAUCACAUAUGGGAAUUUACAGAAGAUUAACAAACCUGGUGAGAAAUGUGAAGAUCCUGAUGAAACCCAGGCUCUCCCAAGCUGUAAUGAACAUCGUGAUGAGUGUGAGAAGUUGCUGACUUCCUCUGCAUUUGCUGACUGUCGGUUACGUCUGAAUUUGGAAAUGUACAUCCAAGCCUGCAUGCAGGACAAGUGUGCCUGUGCUGGGAAGGAGGACUCCUUCUGCCUCUGCAGCACCAUCUCUGAGUAUUCUCGCCAGUGCUCGCAUGCGGGUGGCCGGCCGGGUGAAUGGAGGACACAGGACUUUUGCCCCAAGACUUGUCCUGCUACCAUGGUAUAUAAGGAAAGCAGCUCACCCUGCAUGGACACUUGCUCACACUUGGAGAUCAGCAGCCUUUGUGAGGAGCACCACAUGGAUGGUUGUUUCUGCCCUGAAGGAACUGUGUACGAUGAUAUUACUGAAAAAGGCUGCAUACCUGUUAGCCAGUGCCACUGCAAACUCCAUGGAAAGGAGUAUUCACCUGGAGAAAGGAUUACCAAUGAAUGUGAAGAAUGCACCUGUGAUUCAGGCAAAUGGACAUGCAAAGAUUUACCCUGUCCAGGCACAUGUUCAGUGGAAGGAGGUUCCCAUAUUACAACCUUUGAUGGGAAGAAAUAUACAUUUCAUGGAGACUGCUACUAUGUGGUGGCCAAGGGUACUGUAAAUGACAGUCAUGCUCUCCUGGCAGAGCUGGCUCCCUGUGGCUCCACACACAGGCAGACCUGUUUGAAGACUGUUGUGCUGCUAGUAGAUCACAAAAAGAAUGUGGUGGUUUUCAGAUCAGAUGGCAGUGUGCUACUGAAUGAGAUGACAGUGAAUGUGCCUCAUGUGUCAGCCAGCUUCUCCGUAUUCAAGCCAUCUUCUUCCUACUUUGUUGUACAAACUUCUUUUGGGCUUCAGCUGCAGAUCCAGUUGUUUCCAGUCAUGCAGCUGUUUGUGACUGUGGAUCAAUCAAUUAAAGGAAAACUUCAAGGCCUUUGUGGAAACUUUAAUGGAAAGGAAGGUGAUGACUUUAAAACAACCAGUGGGCUGGUAGAAGCUACAGGAUCUGCCUUUGCUAAUUUAUGGAAAGCUCAGUCCACUUGUACAGACCAGGCAGAAAACAUGGAAGAUCCCUGCAGUCUCAGCAUUGAAAGUGCAAAUUAUGCUGAACAUUGGUGCUCUUUGCUGAAGAACUCAGAGGGUCCUUUUGCAAGAUGUCACUCGGUCAUUGAUCCUUCAGAAUACUAUAAGAAAUGUAAAUAUGACACCUGUCUCUGUGAAGACAGUGAAGAAUGCUUGUGUGCUGCCCUCUCAUCUUACUCAAGGGCCUGUGCUUUCAAAGGAAUUAUUCUGGGAGGCUGGAGAAAAAGUGUUUGCAGUAAUGAAGUGUCUGCCUGUCCUGGAAAUCAAAUCUUCCUUUACAAUCUUACAAUGUGCCAGCAAACCUGUCGUUCUUUUGCUGAUGCUGAAAAGCAUUGCAUGCAAGACUUUGCUCCUGUGGAUGGCUGUGGCUGCCCGUAUAACACAUACUUGGAUAAUCAAGAUAACUGUGUGCCCAUCUCUAAAUGCCCAUGUUAUUACAAGGGAUCAUACCUGGAACCAGGAGAAUAUGUAAUAAAAGAUGGAGAACGUUGUGUUUGCCGAAAUGCAAAGGUGCAGUGUACUUCCGUGAAAAUAAGAAUGAAAAGUGCAACAACAGAAUGUUCUUCUAACAAGAUCUACUUUGACUGCAAUGCAUCCCCAACGUGGACUUCGCAAACACCUGUACAACUUAGCUGUCAUACUCCUCAAACUGAUCAUUUCCAGGCAGAGUGUGUCUCAGGCUGUGUGUGUCCUGAAGGUCUGUUUGAUGAUGGGAAAGGGGGCUGUGUUGAGGAGAGGGACUGCCCAUGCAUUCAUAACAACCAGUGGUAUUCUCCUGGACAGAAGAUAACAGUGGACUGCAACACCUGUACUUGCCAAAAAGGGGUUUGGAGCUGCACUGAACAUGUGUGCUAUGGAACCUGUACAAUAUAUGGAAGUGGCCAUUAUAUAACCUUUGAUGGAAAAUUCUAUGACUUUGAUGGGAGUUGUGAAUAUGUGGCUACUCAGGAUUUUUGUGGUGACAAAAAGUCCAGUGGCUCGUUCAGUGUUAUCACAGAGAAUGUUCCUUGUGGAACUACAGGAGUAACCUGCUCAAAGGCUAUUAAAAUAUUUCUAGGGAAAACUGAACUGAAAUUGGAGAACAAAGAUUAUAAAGAAAUUCAACGAGAUGUUGGUGAUGAUGUGCGUUAUUGGAACAGGACAGUAGGCCUCUAUCUUGUUAUUGAGGCUAGCAAUGGUGUGAUGCUUAUCUGGGAUAAGAAGACUACUGUUUUCAUCAAGCUGUCCCCUAGUUACAAAGGCAAAGUGUGUGGUCUGUGUGGCAACUUUGAUGACAAGUCUAACAAUGACUUUACACUAAGAAAUGGGCUGCAGGAAACUAAUGCUCUGAAGUUUGGAAAUUCCUGGAAGCAAUCUUCCAUGUGUCCAGAUGUCAGACAAGAGAUUAUGCCCUGUGACAUGAAACCUCAUCGGAAGUCCUGGGCAGAGAAAGAAUGCAGCAUCAUCCGGAGUGAAAUCUUUCACAUUUGUCACUCCAAGGUGGAUCCAACUCCUUUCUAUGAAGCUUGUGUUCAUGAUGCUUGUUCUUGUGAUAGUGGUGGGGAUUGUGAGUGCUUCUGUUCUGCAGUUGCUGCAUAUGCUCAGGAAUGUACCAAGGCUCAGGCCUGCGUUUUCUGGAGAACUCCUGAUAUAUGCCCGAUAUUUUGUGACUACUACAACCCUCGUAAUGAGUGUGACUGGCACUAUGAGCCUUGUGGCAGUAAUGUCAUGACCUGCAGGAUGAUUAAUAAUGUCAGUACCAACUUUUCAGUACCAUACCUAGAAGGUUGCUACCCCAGAUGCCCUGAGGACAAGCCUAUUUAUAAUGAAGAGACAAAGGAAUGUGUGACUGAAGAUAAAUGUUGGUGUUACAUCAAUGGAACUUCUGUUCCCCCUGGGAGUGAAAUACCCACAGAAGAGAACUGUACAAAAUGUGUCUGUGAACCCUCAGGAUCCAUAAACUGUACACCAGUCCCAGGAUGUCCUUGUGUCAUCAAUGGAACAAGUUAUGAAGUGGGUGACAUCGUGGCACAAAUACAGGAUGGCGACAUAUGUAAAACAUAUAUUUGUGCAGAAAAUGGUUCUAUAAUUCCUGGAGAUACUUAUCUUUGUCCAACAUCUGCUUCACCUACAACCCUUUCAACCUUUUCUCCUACCAGUACUCUUACAGUCACAGUUACCACUACAAGCCCUCCAGUAACUACAACUCCAUGCUUUGGAUUAAUCUGUAAUUGGACUGAGUGGUUUGAUGUUAGUAAACCUGAAGAAGAUGGUGGUGACUAUGAAACCUAUGAUGCAAUAAGAAAAGAACAUGGAAACAAAAUAUGUGAAGCUCCUGAAAAAAUUGAAUGCAGGGCUAAAGAUAUACCAAACAUGAGUUUAGAGGAACUUGGCCAGAAAGUAGAGUGUAAUGUAACAUAUGGACUAAUCUGUAAAAAUGAGGAGCAAGAUCCAAAUAUGUGGCAACUUUGUUAUAAUUAUGAAAUCAGGGUAAACUGUUGUGAGUGGCGUGAAAUUCCUUGUGAACCUCCAUAUACACCGAGUUCAACACCAAUUACAACUUCAGUCACAACGAGCACAACAGUACCCACCACCACUACAACCAGGAAGCCAGCAAUUACCACCACAACCAUGCCCACUCCAACCACCACAAGCGAAUUCACACCACCAGUCGCCACCCCAGAGAAACAAAGGGCUGUUGUCUGCCGAAGGCAUGUCAUCUCCAUAGCAGACACUGAGCUGAUAGGAAAUUUUACUUAUGAUGGUUUGGAGUUCUAUCCUUCUGCUGGAGAGAAGGUUCCCAGAAGGACCCAUUCUACAGGAUCAGAGUACACCACCGUCCACAACAACUACAGUGUCUCCUCCACCUGUGCAAACAACCACUGCCCAGCCAACACCAACAAAGACUCCCAGCAGCCCCAGCACCAUGCCUCCUGGCGGCCAAACCACAACGCCUCACCUUGUGACUGCAUCUGGACAGACUGGAUUGAUGUGAGUUACCCAGACAGUUCUGACAGAAACAGUGGUGACUACGAAACCUUUGAGAAUAUUAAGAAGAGCAACUCCUCCUGGCUCUGUGACAGAAUUGAGAAUAUUUCGUGCAGAGCAACAAAAUUCCCUGACAUUCCCAUUGCAGAGUUAGGGCAGAAGGUGGAAUGCAGUGUAAACACAGGGCUCAUCUGUAACAACAGAGAUCAGCAGAUAGGAGGCAUAAUACCAAUGCCGGUCUGCCUCAACUACGAGAUCAGUGUCUGCUGUGUCCCCAACAGACCAGAGUGUAUUCCCACACCCAGCAGCACCACCACCACCACAACCACAACUUCUACCAGCAUCUCCACCACCACCACAGUGCCCCCUGAGACCACCCUGGAGACAACAGUGGGCACAGCACCACCCACCACAACCUCUGAAAGCACAUCCACGCCCACGCCAACCUACUCCACAUCACCUUCAGCCCCACCAUCACCCACUACGACCACAGUGUCCUCUCCACCUGAAUCAACCACGACUGUCUCGCCAACACCAACAAAGACUCCCAGCAGCCCCAGCACCAUGCCUCCUGGCGGCCACACCACAACACCUCCUGGCACUAGCACCACCACCACCAUCACCACAGUGCCUCCCAGUAGCACCCUGGAGACAACAGCAACUGGUACAGCACCACCCUCUACAACUACCACAACCACAUCUAUUCCCACGCCAACAUACACAACUGUAUCAGCAACACCAUCAAAGCCUCCCAGCACCGUCACCACAGUGCCUCCCAGCCCAACCACCAGCAGCACCACCAUGAGCACCCAGGAGAGAACAACGACUCUUCCUGGGUCAAUAGCCCCCACUCCAACUACUGAAAAUAUUUUCACAGGUAUAAUCACAAAAACUCAACAGCCUCCAACUUCAGAAGCCAUAGUGGGUACAACAUCUGAAUCAGGAAUACCAACAAAGACGAGUACUACAGUUACUCCUUCAGGUACGCCACUGUCAACAACUAGAACAACAGAAAGUACCACGUCUAUCAUAAGUACUACUAUUCAAGAGUCAACACCAUCAGAAUCAACAAGCACAGGGACAGUCAGCACUCCUGGAAUCACUGAAUCAGGAACGACCACCACCAAAUCCACCACUUCAGGCCCCACACUCUCUCCCCACAGCACCACAAAAGUAACAGAAACACCUACCCAGGAGACCACCACUGUUGCUAGCCCUGGGAGUCCUCUGACGGAAUCAACUACCAUUCCCGUCAGCACCACGAUCUCAAUACCAUCCUCCACAACGUCUACAGCCAGCACUACUGUAUCACCACCAUCAGAAUCAACAAGCACAGGGACAGUCAGCACUCCUGGAGUCACUGAAUCAGGAACAACCACCACCAAAUCCACCACUUCGGGCCCCACACUCUCUCCCCACAGCACCACAAAAGUAACAGAAACACCUACCCAGGAGACCACUACCACUGUGCCUGAGAGCCCUCUGACGGAAUCAACUACCAUCCCCGUCAGCACCACGAUCUCAAUACCAUCCUCCACAACGUCUACAGCCAGCACUACUGUAUCACCACCAUCAGAAUCAACAAGCACAGGGACAGUCAGCACUCCUGGAGUCACUGAAUCAGGAACAACCACCACCAAAUCCACCACUUCGGGCCCCACACUCUCUCCCCACAGCACCACAAAAGUAACGGAAACACCUACCCAGGAGACCACUACCACUGUGCCUGAGAGCCCUCUGACAGAGUCACCUAGCACCCCUGUCAGCACCACGAUCUCAAUACCAUCCUCCACAACGUCUACAGCCAGCACUACUGUAUCACCACCAUCAGAAUCAACCAGCCCUUUGCCAGUUACCACCUCCAGUACAACUCUAACAGAAUCUUUUACCACCACUGCAGGAACAACCUCUAGUAAUUUUACCACAGUCACUGCAACCACCACAACCUCUGAAAUUACUUUAACUACCUCAGCUAGUACUUCUGGGACAACAGCAACAUCAAGUGCAGUCACCACUGCAGGAAGUUCUACGUACAGCACAGUUACUCCAGUCACUGCUUUAAGUUCAACUACAAGUCCACCAUCAACCACUCCUGGAAGAAAUUGUUCUAUUUUACCUAAUGAAUCUUAUGCACCCGGUGAAUCAUGGUGGCUCUGUAACUGCACAAGGGCAAUAUGUAUAGAAGACAACAAAAUCGAGGUGAUUCCCAUAAUCUGUAAUCCACCUCCUAAGCCUACAUGUGCCAAUGGACUUUCUCCUGUGCAAGUCAUUGAUGAGGAUGGAUGCUGUUGGCACUGGGAGUGUGAUUGCUACUGCACUGGCUGGGGAGACCCACACUACAUGACUUUUGAUGGACUGUACUACAGCUAUCAAGGGAAUUGUACAUACGUCCUUGUGGAAGAGAUUCAUAAGACAGUUGAUAACUUUGGUGUCUACAUUGAUAACUACCAUUGUGAUGCAAGGGACGUUGUCUCCUGUCCUCGAACGCUCAUUGUGAGACACGAGACUCAGGAAGUGCGCAUAGCAACAGUAAAACCAAAUACUCUACAAGUAGAGGUGACAGUAAACAAGCAGGCAGUGGCUUUGCCUUACAAAAAAUUUGGUUUGAGUGUUUAUGAGUCAGGCAUAAAUCGUGUCGUGGAAAUUCCUGAACUGAAAAUUAAUGUGACCUACAAUGGCUUAUCCUUUUCUAUCAGAAUGCCCUACAGCCUGUUUGGCAACAACACUCAGGGACAGUGUGGUACUUGCAAUAACAACACAGCAGAUGACUGUAUGUUGCCAAAUGGAAACAUUGCAGAAAACUGUGAAACUAUGGCAGAUCAUUGGCAAGUUGUUGAUCCCUCUAAACCACAGUGCUCUCCAGGCCUAUCUCCUACAAAAGCACCUAGCACAACCCCAACACAGCCUUGCAAAGAAUCUGCCAUCUGUGAGCUUCUUUUGGGAAGUGUGUUCGAGCCAUGCCACAAAUUCGUUCAUCCUGAGAAGUACUAUGCAGCCUGCGUUUUUGAUAGUUGUGUACUUCCCAACUUAGAUCUGGAAUGCUCAAGUCUGCAGAUCUAUGCUGCCACCUGUGCUGAUCAGGGUGUAUGCAUUGACUGGAGAAGUCAUACCAAGGGUGUUUGUACUUAUAAAUGCCCCACAGAUAAAGAAUACAGAGCAUGUGGUCCUGUUAAAGAGAUAACCUGCAAAUCAAGUCACCAAAAUGAAACUUCAACUAAACAAGUGGAAGGCUGUUUCUGUCCUAAUGGGACAAUGCUGUACGACUCUGGUGUGGAUGUCUGCGUGAAAACCUGUGGUUGUGUUGGAGUGGAUAAGAUACCAAGAGAGUUUGGGGAAAAAUUCACAGUUGACUGUCAGGACUGUAUUUGCCUGGAAGGUGGAAUUGGCAUUGUAUGUAAUCCUCAUGAAUGUCCCAAACAAGAUAAGAUCAGUUGUGAUGGAGAAGGCUUCUAUAAGGUCAAUGAAGUCAAUCCUGAAGACUCUUGCUGCCCCAUUGUCACCUGCAAAUGCAAUACAAGCUUGUGCACAACCAAAGCCCCCAAGUGUACACUGGGAUUUGAAGUUCAGUCUCAUAUCCCCAGUGGUCAGUGCUGCCCUGUAUACCAGUGUGUUCCCAAGAGGGUUUGUGUACAUCAGAGUGCUGAGUUCUUGCCUAAUUCCUCAGUCUUCGUUGAUAAGUGUCAGAAUUGUUUCUGCACUAACGAAGUUAACGUCAGCACUCAACUGAAUAUCAUCUCAUGUGAACAUAUUCCAUGUGACACAUAUUGUGAACCAGGUUACGAACGUCGACCAGUGAAAGGUGAAUGUUGUGGAAAAUGUGUGCAGACUAAGUGUGUUAUACAUACAGCACAAAAUUCUAACCUCAUCUUGAGUCCUGGAGAGUUUAAAAAUGAUCCUAACAACAACUGCACCAUUUAUAGCUGUGUAACGAUGCACAAUCAGUUUAUCUCUUCCACAUCUGAGAUUACCUGCCCAGCAUUCAAUGAGGACAGCUGCAAACCUGGAACUAUUACAUUCUUACCUAACGGUUGUUGCAAAACCUGUGCACCUCUGGAUAGUCCUACACCAUGCUCUGUCCGUGAAAGAACAGACUUUAUUGUCUAUAAGGGCUGCCGUUCUGUGGACAGAGUUGUCAUGACUGAAUGUGAAGGAACAUGUGGAACCUUCUCACUGUACUCUGCUGAGGCCAAUUCCAUGGAGCACAGCUGUUCCUGCUGCAGGGAAUCAAGGAGUUCCGAGAAGAUGGUGACACUGAAAUGCCCUGAUGGGAAUUUAAUUCUGCAUAAGUAUAUAUAUGUGGAAAGCUGCAGCUGUCAAGACACUGAAUGCAGCAGCUCACAAUCCAAUGAGUUGCAGAGUACAGAAGAAAAAGACAAGGCCAAGGUUCUGAACCGUAUCAAGAGGGCCAUUAGCUUCACAUCAAAAUGA